AUGGUCAGGCUGGGCAAGGGACAAGAGUUUGACAGAGGAUAUCGUAUACUCAGCAUCACGGCCUUUACGGUCGUCGCUAUGGUGGGAUGGAUUUUUGUACCAAACUCCACGACCAGCGCAUUGAUCGAUGGCAAUACUGGUGGCACCAUUGUUAUGUAUUUGGUCAAUUUUGCAUCGUUCCUGUUCAUCACCUUGUCCCUGGCGGAGAUGGCGAGCAUGGCCCCUACUGCCGGCGGUCAGUACCACUGGGCCAGCGAGUUCGCACCUCCGUCUUUGCAGAAGGUCAUCAGCUAUACCAGUGGGUGGCUCUCGACCUUGGCGUGGUGCUGCGGGACUGUCAGCGGUGUUUUCCUAUCUGGCAACCUCAUCCAAGGCAUCAUUAUCUUGCUGCAUCCCAACUACACCGCCACUGCCUGGAAAGCUUACCUCUAUGCCUUCGCCUUGAUCUCGAUCAACUUCAUCUGCAAUGUCUUCCUCAGCAGGAAGUUGCCGAAGCUGGAAGGAAUCGUGUUCGUCCUGGUUAUCGUGGGCUAUGUAUCGACGCUGGUCGUUCUCUGGGUACUCUCCACGGGGAAUCGGCUCACCACGAAAGAAGUGUUCACCACAUUUACGGACGACGGUGGUUGGGGGAGUCUGGGUUUGAGCAUGUUGGCCGGACAGAUCUUGCUCGUCUGGGGAUUGACUGGAUCGGACGCUGCAGCUCACAUGGCAGAAGAGACCAAACGGGCUUCCAGUGUCGUGCCCAAAGCAAUGGUGGCAUCCUAUAUCGUCAAUGGUCUCAUGGUCUUCGUCAUGCUAAUUACCUACUGCUUCACAUUGGCCAACCUCGAGGAAGCAUUCGACUCUCCCACUGGUUUCCCUUUCAUGGCCGUCUUCCAGAAUGCUACCGGAUCUGCAUCAGGAUCGGCUGCUUUGACAUCCAUCCAGGUCGUCUUGAUCAUGUUCAGUGCCAUCAACUACAUGGCGUCGUGCUCUCGACAAGUCUGGGCUUUCGCUCGUGAUAGAGGGCUGCCAUUCUCGAGCUGGAUUGCGAAGGUUGAUCGGAAUACAAACUGCCCCACUCGAGCAGUGAUCGUGGUAUACAUGUUCUCGGUGCUGAUCUGCCUGAUCUCGCUCGGGAGCUCUAUUGCGUUCAAUGCCAUCACAUCUGUCCAACUCCUUGGUAUGGUCUUCACCUACGAGAUCUCGAUCGGCUGCUUGGUCUGGCGCCGCAUGUUUGGGAGGCCUCUACCGAAGGGCGACUGGACCCUCGGUCGCUUUGGCAUGCCAAUCAACAUCUUCGCGAUGAUCUAUGGCAUCUACUUGAUCAUCUUCAUACCGUUCCCGAUCACCACACCGGUCACUCUGUCGACGGUAAACUGGUCUCCAGUGAUAUUUGUUGGAAUCAUUGUAUUGGCGGUGAUUUAUUACAUCGUGCUUGGACGCAAGGUGUACGAUGGACCAGUAGCGUAUGUGCGCUCGACGUACUGA